AUGCAUGGGAAUGGACAAUGUAUUGGCAAUGCCUGGUUAGUUUGUGCUGGAUGUUUGAAUCUGGCAACCUGCAAUACAUAUGAAGGUACUAGUGGUGUUUCUAUAACUGUUUUCAACAUUCAACCUGGGGCGCAAACUGCGAAUGUUGCAGAAGUGGGCUGCCAAAAAGAUUUUGUUGCACAAUAUUAA